ACGCGAGAACGUGCAAAAGUCAAUUUUUUGCUAUAAAUCAGGCAACAAUGCUCUACACGACCCGUAAUAAAUAGAGGGACGUUAUUAUCACAACACUAAUGAUAUUGCUCACUUUUUUUAAGUUAGUUUCCAAGCGUUUAAAAAAUAAUCGAAAUUAAUAUUGGAUGGAGGGGGGGCCCAUGGAGGUCUAAAAUUCCAAGAAACAUUUUCUUUGAAUAAAGUAAUAUCGAUCUUGUUAAAUACCAAAGAUGGCGGGAAUUUUAGUGUAUUGGUUUUAGUCUAUUCUUAUUUCACAGAUGUGUCAAGAAAGUCAAUUUUAUAUUUAUGAUUUCGUUUCUCAGAAAAGUUUGGCAUCCUUCAAAAUGGCAUCGAAAAUGAAAAAUUGGAUUCGACCUAAAAUUCUGCAAAAUGCCGCGCGUUGCCUUUCAACUACAUAUGGAAGCCUGCCUACAUCAGUUAAAAUUGUAGAAGUGGGACCAAGAGACGGCUUACAGAAUAUCAAGGAUGUUGUUCCCACAGAGACCAAAGUAAAACUUGUUGACUUGUUGAGUGAGGCUGGGCUGUCAAGUAUUGAAGUGACAAGUUUUGUGUCUCCCAAAUGGGUGCCACAGAUGGGUGACCACACAGAUGUCAUGAAAGGUAUAACAAGACAUAAGAACACAACAUAUGCUGCCCUCACUCCUAACAUACAAGGAUACAAUGGAGCUGUUUCAGCAAAGGCAGAUGAAAUUGCAGUAUUCGUAGCGGCAUCAGAAAGUUUUUCAAAAAAAAAUAUUAACUGCGACAUUGCAGAGAGUUUGCGCAGGUCGUCUGAGGUAAUGGAGGCAGCAAAGAGAGACAAAAUACCUGUCAGGGGGUAUGUGUCUUGUGUAGUGGGUUGCCCGUAUGAAGGAAAGAUUCACCCUAUAAAAGUAGCUGAGGUAUCCAAGCAACUAUAUGAUAUGGGAUGCUGUGAGAUAUCGCUAGGUGACACUAUAGGUGUAGCUACACCCAUAGCCAUGUCUGAGAUGUUAGAGGAAGUUGCUAAGUGUGUUCCUUUAAACAAGCUAGCUGUGCAUUGUCAUGAUACAUAUGGACAGGCAAUCAGUAAUAUAUAUGCAGCUCUACAGAUGGGUGUAUCAGUUGUGGAUAGCUCUGUAGCAGGCCUUGGAGGAUGUCCUUAUGCCAAAGGUGCAAGUGGAAAUGUAGCAACUGAAGAUGUUUUAUAUUUAUUAAAUGGUUUAGGAAUAGAAACAGGUGUGAGUUUGGAGAAGGUGAUGAAGGCAGGGACUUAUAUAUGCCAAGAACUGGGUAGAAAUACAUCAUCUAAAGUAGCCCAGGCCAAAUCUAAAUUGUGAUUGAUAAUGUAAUUCUCCUGUAUGUGAUGAACUAGGCAGACUGCUGUUUGAUACACAUCCAAGUGCAAUGCAAGAUUAAUAUAUUUGAAUCUAACCAAAGAUUCUGUUAUAUGUGAGAAGUCUAUCGUUUAGUUAAUAAACAGUCUGGUAUGUGAUACAAGCUGACUUUCUGACAAGGUCAUUCUCCCAGAAAUAAGGACAUGACUAAAUUUAGAAAUGUUUUAACUUGUAGAAAUGCA